AUGUCUGCAUCUCCAAUCGCAAGAGCAACACACAGCCAGGCGAUACCCACUAGGCGAGUCCACAUAACGGACCCGGCUCAAAUGCCCGAUGUCUACUCCAGCACACCCGGCGGAACCAUAUACUCCACCACACCCGGAGGUACAAGGAUCGUGUAUGAAAGGUCAUUUCUGAUGUCCCUAAGUCAGUCGCCGAUCUCAAAGACGCCUCCGAAGUGUGCGCUUCCGGCCGCUAUGUUGAAGAACCCCGGAGGCUCCGUCCCCCAUCUCCAGACCUCGACGCACAAGCCUCGCUCGAAUUCCAUCUCCUUUGACGAGUCACAGGAGACGUUCUCUAUGGAUCUCUAA